GAAACGCCGUCGUUUUGCUUCCCAUCAACGCCGGUCCCCGAGUCCGCCACCAUUGACGGGGGACUGCCAUUUCUUGCUGCAUCGCCGGAGCUCGCAAUGUCGUCUGCAACGCUCGAGAUCAAGCUUUCUCGACCGAGCCGCAUCUAUUGCCCUUCCGAACCUCUCGACGGCAAGAUCGUCGUGAAGUCCGCUUCCUCCAUUUCUCACCGCGGCGUUCGCCUCGCCGUCAAUGGCUCCGUCAAUAUGCAGGUUCGCGGAGGAUCUGCUGGACUUAUCGAGUCAAUUGUUGGUGCCGUCAAGCCUAUCGUGAUCGUGAAUAGGAUAAUUGAAGUGAGACCUUCCGGAAGGAUUGCAUCAGGUACAACAGAGAUACCAUUUUCUGUAACUCUGAAACAAUCGGGAAAUGACAAUCAUGAUAGAUUUUAUGAGACCUUUCAUGGAGCUGAUAUCAAUAUCCAGUACUUGCUAACUGCAGAUGUAACAAGAGGGUAUCUGCACAAAUCCUUGUAUACCACAAUGGAGUUCAUUUUAGAAACUGAUAAGGCCGAGCUUCUUGAUCAACCAGCUUCUCCUGAGAUGGUUAUCUUUUACAUUACUCAGGAUACCCAAAGACAUCCAUUGCUUCCUGAGUUGAAAUCAGGUGGUUUUCGAGUGACUGGAAAGUUGUCCAUUCAGUGUGCUCUGUCAGAUCCAAUUAGUGGAGAGCUUAUCGUGGAAACAUCUGCAGUUCCAAUUCACUCUAUUGAUAUACACAUACUUCGAAUUGAGUCGGUUCUUUUUGGAGAUAGAAUUGUGACUGAAACGUCCUUGGUACAAACAACACAGAUAGCAGAUGGAGAUGUGUCUCGGCAUUUGAUGUUGCCCAUCUACGUUAUUCUUCCUCGCCUUUUAACUUGUCCAACGACCUUGGCUGGACCAUUUUCAAUCGAGUUCAAAGUUGCCAUAGUUAUUAGCUUUCAAUCAGAGCUAUCGAAGAUGCAGGCCAAGUCUGAUCCCAGAACUCCUAGGCUGUGGAUGGCAAUGGAAACACUACCACUUGAACUGGUUCGCACCAGAUGAGAAUCAGCGUGGAGCCAACAACUCAAACUUUAAUGCCUGUACUUUCUUCAGAGAAGUUUCUCGUAUCAGUGAUCAUUUGGGCGGUUGUUCACCGUUGAUUCAGAUUGCUGUCAUAUACGACGGCUGGUGUAAUCUGCUCAUAAUCUUGAUGGCGAUGUCUGCACUGUCGAAAGGUUUUUUAGUUGCCAGAUGUAAACAGAAUCUCGAAGUUCGUGCUGUUAUAUCCUCUUGGAUAAUUGGAGGAAACUACUCAGACUCUAGUGUUUGUACGUACUUCACAGUGUUGAACUUUUACUGUUUGGUCUUUUGGAAUGUUUACUGUAGGUCGAUGACUGCUCUUCCAUUUGCUAAAGAAUAGUAGAGACCAUUUACCGUUUAUACU